GUUUUCAUUCACGUCAGGAAAAUGGAUUGUUUCCUCCUGGCUGCUGUGUGUUAUUUCAUACCACUUUACUUGCUGAUUCAGUUUGUGCGUUUUAUUUUUGCCGAUGCUGACUUCACCCUACUGUGGGCAUGUGCGGUAGGAACCAAGCCGGAGGCCAAGUUGAGAGGGUUGGUGGUGUGGGUCACUGGAGCCUCCUGUGGCAUUGGAGAGGAGCUAGCCUAUCAGCUGGCUCUAUGUGGCUCUCGUCUGAUUCUAUCUGCUCGCCGUGUAGAUGAGCUGAAUAGGGUGAAACAACGCUGUUUGGAGUGUUCCACCUUGGAGGAUGAGGAUAUUCUGGUUCUUCCACUUGACUUGCUGGAGAGGACAUCCCAUGAGGCAAAAGCAAAAGCUGCUAUCCAGCACUUUGGCAAAAUCGAUGUCCUAAUUAAUAACGGCGGCCGUAGCCAGCGCUCUCUGUGCCUAGAAACCAACUUGGAUGUGUACCAGGCCUUGAUGGACCUGAACUUCCUGGGGACCGUCUCGCUCACCAAGCAGGUGCUGCCUCACAUGACGCAACGAGGGACCGGGAGUGUUGUGGCCAUCAGCAGUGUAGCAGGCCUUGCAGGGGCUCCUCUACAAACAGGAUACUGUGCAAGCAAACAUGCUCUGCAGGGCUUCUUCAAUUCUCUUCGGACUGAGCUGACCGACUAUCCCAAAAUACUCAUCAGCACUGUGUGUCCAGGGCCUGUGCAGUCACAGAUUGUCCACAAUGCUUUCACAGAGGAACUGGGCAAGCCUUUUCUCACAGUUGGUGACCAGCAACACAAGAUGGCCACAAAGCGAUGUGUACAUUUAAUCCUGCUAGGCAUUGCCAAUGGUGUCAAGGAAAUGUGGAUCGCACAACAACCCUUUCUCCUCUUUCAAUAUGUGUGGCAGUAUGCUCCUUCAUGGGCAUGGUUUAUCACAGACGUGCUGGGAAGAAAACGAGUGCAGAAUUUUAAAGCUGGUCUGGAUGCAGACACUGUGUAUUUUACAAAGCCCAAGAUCUCCUGAAAACUUGACUCCUAAUUCAAGAACUGGAUACUGAGAGAGAUUAACCUGCACAAAUUCAUGAUCUUUCAAGGAAACUGUCUGAGGCCACAUCAACUUGAAAGGCUUCGAUUUCUUUGCAUGGCAUAACAGUUUAUGAAGAGCUGUCACCUUCUGCGAUUUCAGUGUGUUCCAAAUGAGAUGAAAGACUUGAUAGAAACAGAGGUUUGCAUUCCUCUAACAAGGCAAAUCCAUUUUGUGAUGUUCAAAAUAUGGCAAACUGCUGUGGUUCACACAAACAUUAAUAUAAAACAGCUUCAAGGCUAAUUGGCAUGUUUUUACUAUUGGCACGUACUGUGUAUGCCUGACAACGAAGUCCAAGUUUGCUUGCUCUUCAGCUUUUUAUUAUAAGUAUAUACAGUUACACAAAAUAUUUACAAGAGACAAUGGCAAAUUCAAUUAACUCUUCAUUCAACAUUGUAAACAAGUGCACUGUAAACAAAACAAUAGCAAGUAUUUACUAACCACAUUACAUAUACAGCAAAGACAAAAUCAAGGCACAUCCUUGAACUUAACCUCCCUUCAAACAAACCUCCCUUCCCUUUUUAUCAUGGAUGCCAAGGAAAAUUGAAAUCUGAGAAGUACAGUGAAAUCGGAGGUAAUAUGCUGGUUAGUUCUCAAAGGACAAAUUCAUUCACUUUUAUUAAAGCAUGGAAAUUUAACUGAUAAAAGAAUCCACAAAACGGACGUGCAUCUAUCAAAAGUAAUCAAUGAAACAAAAGAGAUAACUCACAGGAAUGAGACAGAUAUGUUCAAAGCCAAUUCGUCUGUUGUAAUGUAGGGUUAAAAAAAAAGAUUGUAGCAUUAACGCUACAGUGUCUUCAUGUGCGGCAGAGGGAUGCAAUAAGCGCCGUAAAGUCAAAUUCAAGUGAAAAGCAAAUUUGUAAAUAAUUUAACAAUCAAUUUUAGUAAUAAAGUUCAUAGUUCACCAUUA